AUGAUACGGUUCAAAAUCUUCCAAAGCAGCGGCUUGUUGUUCUUUCUCACUCGUUUUCUCGCUCGUUUCUUGCAGAGAGGCAAACGCCAAAGUAAAGCAACGAGACCAGUGCUGAAGGUGACCGACUAUCAUUUGAAGUGCUCGGUGACGUCCCGCUACGUGGUCACAACGGUGCAGAGUUCCAUCUGGAACCAGAUGGGCGUCACCAAGGAGGCCGCCUUCGAGGUCGACCUGCCUUCCUCGGCAUUCAUCUCCAACUUCUCCAUCAUUUCCAACGGCAAGGUGUAUACAGCCCAGGUGAAGGAACGAGCCAUGGCCAGGAAAAUGUACGACGCCGCAAAGAAGCAAGGAAAAGCAGCAGGACUUCUCGCUACCAAAGAGAGGGAGAUUGAAAAGUUUCGCGUUGCCGUGAGCGUGCCACCGGGAGCUCGCAUGUCCUUCUGCCUCACUUACGAGGACCUGCUACGUCGCCGCCUCGGCCGCUACGAACUCAGCGUGGGUCUCAGACCCGGCCAGCCCGUGGAGAACCUCACGUUAGAAGUCACUCUCGCGGAGCCGACGGGCAUCACUUUCAUCAAGGUUCUUCCGCUACGGACCAGCAGACUCCUGUCCGGCGACAACGCUCGAGGUGAUGCAGAAGCUCCCGCAUCAACUCAUCUCGAGGAGAGCGUCGGCUGCGCUCGGGUUGCUUACAGUCCCACUUUUCAGCAGCAGAUGGACAUUUCCCCCAAAGGUCUGAACGCGGACUUUGUCAUCCAGUACGACGUGAACGUGACCGACCUGAUGGGCGACAUUCAGGUGUUUGACGGCUACUUUGUGCAUUACUUUGCACCCAGAGGACUCCCCGUGGUUCCCAAAGAUGUCAUAUUUGUCAUCGACGUCAGCGGAUCCAUGAUCGGCACCAAAAUCAAACAGACCAAGCAGGCAAUGAGCACCAUCCUCGGGGACCUGAGGGAAGGAGACCACUUUAACAUCGUGACUUUCUCAGACAAGGUUCACAUUUGGAGGAAAGGACGCACGGUGCGAGCCAAUCGGCAAAACGUUCGAGACGCCAAAGAGUUCGUUAAGAGGAUUAUUGCUGAAGGAUGGACCAACAUCAACGCGGCUCUGCUGUCAGCCGCCCAGCUCAUCAACUCGCCGUCCUCAGGCUCCCUCCGCGUCCCUCUGUUGGUCUUCCUGACCGACGGCGAGGCCACUGCGGGAGUGACUGCAGGCAGUGCCAUCCUGAGCAACGCCAAAAAGGCGCUGGGCUCGGCCUCGCUCUUCGGCCUGGCCUUCGGGGACGACGCCGACUUCCCCCUCCUCCGACGUCUGGCUUUGGACAACCGCGGCGUGGCCAGGAUGGUUUACGAGGAGGCCGACGCCGCCUUGCAACUCAAAGGCUUCUACGACGAAGUGGCCAGCCCCUUGCUGGCCGACGUACAGCUACGCUACCUGGACCACCAGGCGUUCGAAAUCACCCGCUCUCUCUUCCCGAAUUACUUCCAAGGAUCCGAGCUGGUGGUGGCCGGCAGGCUGCGAGCGGGGUUGAAGGACUUCAAAGUGUCCCUUUCUGCCAGCGAUUCCAAGCAACGAGUCAAACUAGAGAACAACAUCCCAGUCAACGGCACUCGGACCUCGCCGGACUGCUCGGGGCCUUCUGAACGCUUGUCUGGCUUUGUACGUCGUCUUUGGGCGUUUUUCACCAUUAAGGAGCUGCUCCUGGCCAAACUCAACACCACGGAUGCCGUUACCCAAAAGCUCCUGGAAGACAAGGCCACCAACCUCUCCUUGGAGUACAACUUUGUCACUCCGGUCACUUCCCUGGUAGUAGUGAAGCCCGAUGCGGAAAAAGUCACUCCAAAGCCUACCGCAACGGUGACGAGUGCAACUACGGUCAGGAUGCCGGUUAGAAAGACGCCCCAGUCUCUCUCAAACCCAAGAACAAACAAGCCCAAUCCUCCUAAACGACUUCAAAAACCUUCAGUACUUACUCCUACUAUGAAAACCAGUAAAACAACCCCUAGCCUGGCAGUCACUCAUCCGAGCCCAGUGCUGUUCUCUGGCAAAAAGCUUUCACAGAACGAUACCAGGAGUGUUUCUUUGUCUCCUGCUGGAAAACGCCACAACUCUUCUCUCCAUUUUCCUAAGACAGCCCAGUUUACCACACCAGGAAAAGUCCACAUGUCCACUUCACCCACUUUGAUGCCAAAAGUAGCUGUCAGCAGAGUGCCACCCCUCGUCCAACCCACUGCCAGGCACACAGAACCGCAGGCCGGCACCACCACGUUUCCUCGCCCAAAUGUCACAGGCAUGCCACCGCUCACCGCCCUAACUCCGGACAGCCGUGUCUAUGUCGCCACACUGGUGGCUGCCACCUUUGCGCCCAUGCCCGGUGCUACGGAUGCACCAAAGCUGUGGGAGGCGGCAGGACUUCUAGAUGUUUCUACCUCCAUUCAAAUCCAGAGAAAAGGUAUUGAACCUGUGAAAGACGAUGACGAGACGUAUGACUACGACUACCAUGAUGCAUGGGGAAACAAUGCAGACAUGGAAUCUUUUGUCCCUUUACUUGUCUGUUGUCAUCUUUUUCUUGUAGAACCUUCAUCCAGGCUGAGCGCCGAGCACUUCUCCUCAUCAGCGGAUGGGGACCCUCAUUUUGUUCUCCAAUUGCCAAAGCAACAACAGAACUUAUGUUUUACCGUGAAUGGACGAGCGAACGACGUGCUAAGGCUGGUGGACGACCCACAGAAAGGAGUAAUCGUGGACGGCCACCUGACCGGCGCUCCCUCCAAGCGCGGCCACGAAAACAGCUCCCGGACAUACUUUGACCACCUAAGUGUCUCGGCGGGAGAUGUCAAGAUCACGCUCUCUUUGGAUGAAGUGAUAGUCCGAGGAGAAGGACGGGACCGUCUGGACGUCAACCGAACGGCGUCUGUGACGAGGCGGGGCGUGACGGUCGCCGUGGACGACCGGCGGGGAUGCCGGAUCGAGCUGGCCGAGGACGUGCACUUCCUGGUUCUCUUCCACCGCUACAAGCACCCGAGCUACCUGCAGAUGGCGCACCUGGGGUUCUACAUCACGCGUGGACGAGGGCUGUCGGCCUCCACCCGGGGCCUACUGGGGCAGUUUCAGCACGCUGCUAUGAGCGUAGCGCCUUUGAAGGACCAUCAUGAAGAUCACGCUGAUGGAACGCCGGUCCGGGGGAUCCUGAGGCGUGGCUCCAAGCUGAUACCGGUCACCUUGCAGGACAAGUUGCUGAAAGACAGUGUACUGAGGCGACACACAGAGAAGUGCUGGGCGGUGCCAAAGUCGGAGAUAGAGCGACUACUCGCUCAUCCGUACAGCAGCUACGUGGUGGAUCGCGCGUAA